AUGGCUCCCAAGGUGGCAGAGAAGAAACCAGCAGAGAAGAAGCCAGCAGAGAAAGCCCUGGCUGAGAAACGUCUAAAGGCGGAGAAGAAGAUCUCAAAGGAAGGAGGAAGCGAGAAGAAGAAAAAGAAGUCGAAGAAGAGCAUCGAGACAUACAAGAUCUACAUCUUCAAGGUUCUGAAACAGGUUCAUCCCGAUAUAGGAAUAUCAGGGAAAGCGAUGGGGAUCAUGAACAGUUUCAUCAACGACAUCUUUGAGAAACUCUCUCAGGAAUCGUCGAAGCUCGCUAGGUACAACAAGAAACCGACAAUUACGUCUAGGGAGAUCCAGACGGCGGUGAGGCUUGUGUUGCCAGGAGAGCUCGCGAAGCACGCUGUUUCUAAAAGGACGAAGGCUGUUACCAAAUUCACAAGGAUUGAGAAUCUAAUACUGUAA